AUGUCCACCAAUAUCCAACCGUCGUCGAAAAUGGAUGCCUCGGUUCAAACGUCGCCCAUUCCUACCAGACCUUCAACGGUUUCCUCGACUCCUAAGCAUACUGAGUUGUUAAUAACAACCUGGCCGCAGUCUACUACAGCUACUUCGUUCAGUACUCUCCCGGUUAUCGCUUAUAAAACCAUGCCCCCUCCACCGAUAGGAAAACCUAUGCCAAACAGACGUGGACGUAAGCCUUUAGCAACUCCCCCCACAGAUAAAAAACACGAGCAGAAUUUGUAUAACCAACGAAAGUUCCGUCAGCGCCGUGAUGCUUACGUCAAAGAUCUGGAAGCCAGAGUCAGAGAAUACGAAGAUCAGCUGAAGGAGAUGGGACUGGUUUGUGCACAAAUCCAAGAAGAAAACAGAUCUCUUAGGGAAAAAGUGGUGUCAUUGGAGAAAUACUGGGGUAAAAGAAAUGAACUAUGCGAUGAUGGCCUCAGCAUUUCGUCAACGGAGAUUCAACUUGCAAAUAAGAUCUCUGGUAGCAGAGACGUGAACUCCUGCAGCGGUUCAUCCAUUUAUUCAGUACAAGAUAUAAUAGAGUCUACACAUAUGAACAAAAACCAAAUAUAUCAAGAAUUGCACAAGGACGAAAAUUCAUGUGACGUUGUCAUGGGCGAUGCGUCUGACUACGGUUACAAUAGUGGUUCAGCAUCGAGACAUAAUCUCUUGCCACUCGACAACAUCAGUUAUCAACAGCAAAUGUUACCUUCAUAUUUAUCGUCGUUUGAUUUUAAUAAUGAACAGACCAAAGAGAAAUAUUCAUUUCAUCGUCAACAAACCAAAAAUGGGACCAACUCUUCGAUGUCAGUCGAAGAUAUAAUCAAUUCACCUUUAUUCUGCGAGAGGGAUGGAGAUAUCUGUUUUUGUGAAUCAUCAGUCACAAUAGAUGAUCUUGAAUUAAACGAUGCGAAAACGCCAUCGCAAAUGUUAACAAACAAUAGUAGAUACCUAGUUACUACCCCGGAGACGGGGAAACAGAUAUGUAUGAUCAUUCCUCCGUUUCCAGAAUGUGAGGACCCUACGCGAUCUGCACAAGGAUACCCUAAUCUACAGCCGCCCGAACCACAGUGGCAACAAUUAUCACAGAACGAGCAUUAUUUACCACAAAGUUUUCCGACUAGUUCCCUCUCUCAACCUUAUAAGUGA